AUGACUACCGAAGAUACGAUUCAGGGAAAUCAGGAGCGUCAACCGCAGCGACGACGCCCAUUUACAACCUGGGUAAAGAAGCUCACCAACUUUAAGCAUUCGUCGGACUCCGAAAGAAACAAGCGACACGCCAAACCUCGCAGAGGCGGCAAGCUGAAUAACCCAUAUCCCGAAUCCGGAACUGUCAGUCAAAAUCAUGGCAACCGGCAUCGAUACAGCGAGAAUUCGUUUACGACACACCAAACCGGCGAUACUUCGAUCGGUGGCCACUCGGGCCGAUACUCGGUAGAUUUGGCACCACCAACGGCCGGCGGGAGAAGCAUGCCAUGGUGCCAGCUCUUUGACAGGCACCAGCCGGACCCUAGGGGGAGGUGUUGA